GUUCCCAACGCCACACUUUGUUUUUCUCUCUCCCUCUGCUGACCUGACCGUAUUAUGUUGGCUCUGCAGAAAUGUCGAGCCGCUCUUCCCUUUGCGGGUGCUAAUACCCUUUGUUGGUAGGGUUUACUGACGUCACGAGGCAAAUGGCUGAGCUCGAAGCUGGGAGCUGCUGAGUUUACGUGCCGGUUUCACCUUCGGCAGCAGCGAGCUGUUGUCACAGAGAGCUAACGCUCAUUUUCGACUUGCAGAGAAGGGAUUGCUGAAUAGGAGGAGGACGGUGGCGGAAGCACCCCACGGCCGUCGACGGGGUGAAUGAAACAACCUCAGGAAAUGGAGAAAGAAUAAACCCAAGAGGCUUUGGAUUUAUAAUGCAAGCAGCUUUUGCAGGAUCCAUAGUCACCUUGCUCUCCUGCUUUUGGAUUUAAGAUCAUGUCCGUUCACGUUGUAGCUUUUGGAAAUGAAAGAGGUGGCUUUUCCGAGGAUGAUCAGCAGAGGAGUCUGAUUUGGACCUAUCUUGGGAGAAGUGCUCUGGUUUCAGAGACUGACAGCAGCUUGUUGUUAAACUCUGCCAACUAUGUUAGAAAUCCUGCAUUCACCGAAUAUCAAGCCUGUGUGUUUGGAAAUGUCAGAUUGGUGGUACAUGACUGUCCUCUCUGGGAUAUUUUUGACAGUGACUGGUACACAUCUCGGAACCUUAUUGGAGAAGCAGAUAUCAUUGUGAUUAAAUACUCUGUAAAUGACAAGUCUUCAUUUCAAGAAGUAAAGGACAUUUAUGCACCACUGAUAAAAAAAGCAUUAAACCACUGUUCAAUUCCUGUCAUAAUUUCUGCUGUUGGUGCAAGACAAAACGAAGUUCCCUGCACUUGUCCUUUGUGCAUCUCAGACAGAGGGAGCUGUGUUACAGCUUCUGAAGGGAUUCAGCUUGCUAAAGAACUUGGAGCUACUUAUUUGGAACUGCACAGUCUCAAUGAUUUCUACAUAGGAAAAUAUUUUGGAGGAGUGCUGGAAUAUUUUAUGAUACAAAGCUUGAAUCAGAAAUCUUCUGAAAAAAUGAAGAAAAGGAAAAAGAACCAUAAGUGCCAUGGAGUUAAGCCACCUCAACUUGAUCAGCCAGAAAAAAUGCCAAUCUUAAAAGGUGAAGCCUCGCAUUACGACUCUGAUUUACAUAACCUGCUGUUCUGUUGCCAGUGUGCAGAUGUGGUGUUUUAUUCUGAAGACUUGAAGGAAGUAGCAGAAGCUCACAGGAUUGUUCUGUGCUCUGUUAGCCAUGUGUUCAUGUUACUCUUCAAUGUGAAGAGUCCAGCAGACAUUCAGGAUUCCUCCAUCAUUCGAACUGCCCAGACCCUCUUUGCAGCAAAGCGGCAAGCUGUGCUUCCUGUUUUAAACCACAACUCAUCAUGCAAUUCACCAGUAAGAGUCAUUGUUAAAGACUCUUUCUUCUGUUCUUGUUUGUCAGACAUUCUGCACUUCAUUUACUCAGGUGCUUUCCAAUGGGAACUAUUAGAAGAACAUAUCAAAAAGAAGCUGAAGGAUCUUGGGAACGUUGAGCUUGUUCUUGAGAGAGUAAAAUGUAUCUUGAAAAUUCCAGGAAAGGUUAACAGCUCAAGAAAUUGCAGGUCAUAUUUGUCAAAAAGGCCCCUGCAGUUAUGUAACAGCUCUCUCAGGCUCUUCUUUAACACAACUGUGUUAGCUGAUGUCAUGUUCAAAAUACAAGGUGCUACAGUGCCAGCUCACAGAGCAGUCCUCGUGGCUCGCUGUGAGGUAAUGGCGGCUAUGUUCAACGGCAACUAUGCAGAAUCUAAUAGUUUUCUGGUUCCAGUUUAUGGGAUUUCCAAAGACACUUUCUUGUCCUUUCUAGAGUAUCUGUAUACGGACUCCUGUUGUCCAGCCAGCAUUCUGCAAGCUAUGUCGCUCUUGAUUUGUGCUGAGAUGUACCAGGUGUCGCGGCUUCAGCACAUCUGUGAGCUGUAUAUCAUCACACAGCUCCAGAGCAUGCCUAGUAGGGAAUUGGCAUCAACAAGCCUGAGUGUUGUCAGCUUGCUUCGAAAAGCAAAGUUUCACAACUCUGAUUGCCUUUCAAACUGGCUUCUUCAUUUUAUUGCUUCUAACUACUUAAUCUUCAGUCAAAAACCUGAAUUUGAAGACCUUUCGGUGGAAGAACGCAACUUUGUUGAGAUGCAUAGAUGGCCUUCUAGUAUGUACCUGAAACAGCUUGCAGAGUACAGGAACUACAUUCAUUCUCGAAAAUGCCAUUGUGUAGUAAUGUAAACUGAAAGCUGAUCCAUCUUUAGUUAUGAAGAGAAGAAAUUCAAUUGCUUCAGGAAUCUUACAACUUCACAAGACUGAAAGCAAAUGCUGAGCUUACAUGCUGUGAAACUAUUAUCUAAUACUGCACUUGCUAAUGAAUAACUACUGUAUUUUUUUAAAAGCAUGUGAAACAAAAUUUUAAAAAGCAUAAGCAUUUAACCAGGAUGUUUCCCAAUUCUGCUGCUGGGUCUAAUUUCCUUGUAUAGGGACAUCAAUUCAUGUCAUAUUAUUUCAGGUUUUUAGUGGAGUUUAGACUUAUUUAGAGCCUGGAAAUCUUGUCAGCCUCUGUGAUUGAGAUUUUAAGAGUCUGAAGGAGAUUCCAAAUUCAUUAAAUGUUUGUAGGUUCUCUUUGUCUGGAAACUGUAGAACCCAAUUUUGUUUGCUAGUUAAGGAUUUCUGUAAUUUAUUUUUGGGCCUUUUAAGAAUUUUGCAAAAACAUAGAGUAUUAUGUUUCUGUACUGGGAAUUAGAAAAAUGUACUUCCUGUUAGCAUCAUUAAAUUCCUAUGUUAUGGUGUAAAAUACAUCACUAUCUUUCUAGAAAAUAAUGAUUUAUGUUUUCCCCUCACUGAAUGGUCUAAUAUAUCUAAAAUAGUGGUCUUUAUCCUGCAAUGCAAAAGAAAUGAUCAAGGGUAAUAAGCAUUCUUCCACAUUGUAUCUGGUUUGUGUAUAUAUAUAUAUCCUCUACAAAUGUGUUUCCAUGUGGAGAAAAACCAAAACAUUGUCACAAUCAUGUAACGCUACUGCAUUUUUUGCCAGCUCUUCCUGAGUAGAUGACAAAUUAAGUCCUAACAUUUUCCACAUGAAUCCCUCCAGGAAAAUUUUUCUCUAAAGGGGGCAUGUGACAGAAACACUUUUCAAAAGUACAUUGCAUUCGGAGCUUAGCCAAGGGCAUGAAAAUGCAAGGGUUGGAAAUCUGCAAGGCAAAGGUUAUGGAGCAAGGUGACACUCAGCAGCCAGGUGUAGUCAUUAAAACCCUGACCAGGGCCUGUUGCUUAUACUUUGAUGUCCCAGAGGCUGCAAGAGAGAAGAAUGGAGCCAGCUGGACAGAUGGGCUUUGGCCGCUUUCGAGCUAGAUAUUGCAGAUUCCAGGGGAUCCAGGCAUGCUAUUGCACUCAGACUGCCACCCCAGUCUCCCAGUCCCAAGCCCUGGCUUGUCUUUUUCACACAUAUCCAGACGUAUGACGUCCCAGCAAGAUUCUCCUGUCCUUUGUCAGUUUCUUCCAGAGGGGCCCUGCAUGUAGUCAACCCGCAUCCAGUGUGCAUGCCUAGACUGGCCAGGAUCCAGAGGGCUGCAUGCCCUACUGGAAAGCAGGAGGUGCCUCCUAUUGGUUUUCAGUGGCAUGUCCCUGCUGAGACUAUUGUCUGUUUUUGUGUGCAUAUGAGGCUAUAUAUAUUUAUAUGUGCCAGUAUUUCCUCACCUAUCCUCAACACCUGUGUGCACAUCCAGAGGCUGCAACAUUGUAUCUUCCACAUGCGCCAAACAUGUAGGUGUAGGAUCCUGUUGAUGUCACCAGAGAUGAGAUUUACACCAAGCGUUCCUCCCUUACAGCCCACGUGCAUUUCAGUGGCCCUUGUAAAUAGUGUUUUCUAUUAGGUUUUUAACCUUUUUUUUUAAAAAAAAUGGAAGCAUUUGUGGAUCUCUUACUAGAAACCAAUCUCAUUCCAGCAGUGUGGUUUUGCAAUUCAUUUUCCGCAGGUCAGCAGGGCAAGCAUGACAGUUCCCCUUCUAAAUGUCUAAUGAUUUGCUAAGUAUGCAAGCACACAAAAUAGGCUGUAAUUCCUUACUUGCACUCUGUACUUGCAUGUAUUAGAUACAACAUUGCAUACUACAAACGAGCACAGCAACUCAAAUGGAUUUGAUAAUUUGUUGCAGCGAUGUUGACAAGUAACCUUGGGAAUAAUGGGAGGAAUUCUUUCUUGUGCUAUGGCGACAGUUUUGUCAUUUUGGCUUGCCAGACAGCUCCUUUCCCUGUAUGCUGCUCUAGGGGUUCCCACAAGUAAAUUUUGGGGGCAUGGAGUGCGGGGAGGAGAAGAGGAAAGCCCCUUUGUGCAGGUGGAAGGCCUUGUGCUAGACUUCCACUAAUGUGACUCAUUCAUUGAAUUCCACCCGGGCUUGAACGUGUUUAAAAUUAAGAUUUAUUGUAAACAAUUUCUUCACUUGAAAGAGGAUAGCCACACAUAGGAGUUUGCUAUUGAUGUGCAUGCUGCACUCAAAAAUUGACCACCCCUAAGGCCCAAUUCUGGCCUGCUAUGGUGCAACGCUGUAUAUAGCAGUAAUUGGAUAGAACUGUGUGAGGGGAAAACCAGAGCACUAGUAUUACUGCGAUAUGGCAAGUAUAGCAAUUUGAGAAGCUUCCUGGAACUGAGGGGAACUAGUUCGUUUUUUGGUGGUUUUUUUUUUUAGGAUUAGAAACCACAUAUGGUGCACCUGUUUGUGUUCCUCGAUGCUCAUGCAGAUGGUGUACGGCCUUAGAUUAGGAAGAGUGCAUAGUUGAAUCAGUUUAGAAUUAGUAUGAACAUACAUGAAUUAGUUUAGCUUGAAAAUUAGCAAGCCAUGAUUUGGUUUUAAUAUAUAAAUUAACUGAGAAACUCUUGGGUAGCUUGAUCUGCUGAAUAAAUGUCAAAAAGGCAAAAAAGCUUCCAGGUUCCUUUACAGGCACAUGCAUUGUACUGUACCAUAAUCCCUGCUCAGAUAGUCAAAUCCUGCCCUCCCAUCUGCAAACACAUGAUAGCAACUUGUAACUUUCCUAAAGUUUCCUAAAGUGGUUUCAUGGGGCAAUUAAUGCAAGUCUAUUUUAGAAGACAACUAGUAGAUUUCACAUUUCUAAUUAUAGAAUUAUUUAUUAAUAAGCAGGCAUUGUAAGUAGCAUUCAAGAGAGUUCACACUGAAGGGAUUACUUCGAUGUCUAUUUUUAUUUAAAUAAUAAUAAUUUCUGAUAACAGACUUAUAAUUUCUUAAAGUGAAAUUAUGAACAUGGGCUAAUGUCAAGCCAGCGUGGAGAUGUGUAGAGAGCCAACCUUAAGAUACAAGAAUCUUUGUUGUAGUCUUGUCACAUGGAUGAGAGUGUUUGUAGCUCAAAGAAACACUUAUUUUAUUAUGGCAUGUGUUGGAUAUGUAAUAAUAAUUUCACAUGUUAGCUGGUGCUUAAAAUUUACAAGAUUUUAAAUUUAAUAUUUAAUUCAAUAAAAUGUUUCUACUUAGUGUUCAUCUCAUGUGCUUA